AUGACGACGCAGCUUCUGGCCACGGAGCUAGCUAAUCUCAUUCAGGAGAGCAAGAGGAAGCACAAUGACCUUCGACAAGCGGCCGAAAGAUCUUUGGAAGAGCUGAAGAGCCUUGGCAAUGUCUCCGAAACGGCAGCUCCUGAGUUGCUCUCGCAAAAGCCCAGCUUUGUGAAUCCCUUCAUCAUCGCGUGUGGCACCAAGAAUGCAAAGUUCACCGGCAUUGCAAUCGUCUGUCUGCAGAGGCUUAUUGUUGCCAAGGCGCUGCCCAGAUCAAAGCUCAACCAGGUCUUGGAGGCGUUGAUGCAAGCAUCCUCGGCUGGGCUUGACGUGCAAUUAAAGAUAUUGCAAGCGUUGCCUUCGCUGUUGCAAAACUACUCUGCAGAUUUGAAUGGCAAUCUUCUUGUGACUGCUCUGAAUAUCUGCUUCAUCCUGCAAAGUAGCAAGAAUGCCAUUGUGAAUAAUACCUCAGCUGCCACUCUCCAGCAGCUUGUCGUUUCGGUUUUUGACAAAGUAGUCGCUGAAGAUAAGAAUGGAGGUGAUGCCCCUAUCGCAGGCGAGGCACCAUCGGCCGACGGCAAAGUAGAACUCCGCGCAGCCGCGUUAGAUGCCUAUCGUCGGUCCGAAUUCCUGCGUUUCUCUGGCUUACAACAAACAUUCGGGCUAGAGCUCAUUGAGUCGGUCAUCACAAACCACGCGAGUGUCUUUAUCAGCCACCCUGAACAAGCCCAUAUUCUUCGCGAUCGCGUGAUGCCUCUUUUGAUGAGCGCACUCAAGGGCAAACCGUCAUUCGCCACAACUGUGAGGCUCGUUCGCAUCCUCUAUACCCUAUUGCGCCGCCAUAUCAGCAUCUUACCUUCAGAGUGUGGUGAUGCACUUUCGCUUCUUACAAUCCUCUUGGACCAAGAUACCACCAUCUGGAAGCGGGCGUUAUGCAUGGAGGUAUUUCGUGGCAUAUUUGCCGAACAUGCUCUUGUGCGUCGCAUAUUCGCCAUGUACGACGCAAAGGAGGGCGAGAAGGACAUCAUUAAAACACUUAUUGCGACUUUCGUUCGACUCAGCACUGAGAAGCCCGCAGUCAUUGGCCUAGGUCACCAAUCUACAAUACCGGUCGCAGAUCCAUCUGGUAGCUCUGGCUUGUCUACAGACCAAGCAUUGAUCGAAGCUUCUAGUGUGACUGGAAUCAUCAGCAGCUCUGUUGGGUCAGAGACCUCCAAUAUUGGCAUCAGCGUAACGUGGAGCUCCGUUCGAGUUCCGUGUAUAGAUCAGCUGGACAAAGCAGAGGCCCCAGCGAUUCCUGAGUCGUACAUUUACAGUUUGAUAUUGGCUUGUCUAUCAUCUCUAUCAGAUGGGCUUGCCAAGUUUAUUCUACCGCUCACAGUCCCUAAUGAGACUCGAGCUCGGAAAAAGGCCUCAAAGCAGGAUAUGGGGCGUAGCUCACCUGCUCCAUCUCAGCUGGAGGCUGAAGGUCCUUCUCACGGAGGUUUGCGAGAGCGGUCAGCCUCAUUUAAGAAGAACCCUGUACCAAUCAAUCCAUUGGAACUGGAAGAUCACCCUGCCUAUUCCGAAGUCAAGGUGUGUUCUAACAUCGUCAAUGAGUGUUGGCCAGCUAUCCUGGCAACUUGCUCAACCUUUUUAUAUGCUGCCUUGGAUUCAGAGUAUUACCACGGCUUGGUUCGAGCAUUCCAGAGAUUUGCUCAUGUGGCAGGAUUAUUGCAACUCCCAACGCCACGAGACGCCUUUUUGUCUACUCUUGGAAAAGCUGCAGUGCCUCCCAAUGUUUUAAGUGCGUGCUUCAACGCUGGGCAGUCGCGAUCUAUAGCCACUACUCCGACGGAAACAUCGAAUAGCGUUUUCAGCAAUGCUCGAGGCCUCUUGAGCGUCGAAAACUUGACGCAAGUGUCUAGCCCUACGGAAAGACAGCGGCAAGGGCCUAUGGAUGCAUCGAUAACUCUAAAUACACGGAACCUCCUCUGUCUGCGAGCCCUGCUUAAUCUAGGUAUUGCCCUUGGUCCGACGCUUGGACUUGCUUGGGGCAUCAUACUUGAGACUUUACAACAGGCAGACUUUGUGCUCUAUGUUACGGGGAAGGCUCCCGGGAGAACCCAAUCUAUAAGUCGCGGCGGGCAGGAUUAUCAAAGUGAAUCAGAAGCGAAUUCCCUCAUGGCCAAUUUCGGCAGCGAAGUCCGAUCUGUUGAAACAGCUGCGUCCAGACUAAUUGAAAGUAGCAUUGACUUCCCCAAUGAGUCUUUCGUGGAAGUGGUUCAGGCCAUAUGCGGCUUGCUACCAGAUGAAGGCGAGGCAAAUUCUAAUACAGACAACAAAGAGCAAACAAGGCAGGGCCAGCACGCGAGAAGCUCAUCUGGUCAACAUCGGCGGGUACUUAGCUUCUCUGGCCAGUCGACAGCAUCCAAUCAAGAACUUCAGUUUGCGCUAGCAAAACUUGGAGAAAUUGCCAUGAUUAAUCUAGAGCGGCUGUUGGCAUAUGAUCCGAAGGAGUCAGGCUGGGAUCUGUUGGUGAACAAGCUAAUUCAGAUGUUAGACUCGAGUCCUAUCAGUGCAUCAGUCAGAACAAGAGCCUCUGAGAUCCUGGCUAAGCUGGUGCUCGAAGCGGCUAACGCUGCAGGUACCCUCCCACCCGAUAUUCGCGGAACGAUUCAACUUCGGUUAUUGGGUGCCCUUCGAGACUCGUUGAAACCUUUACAGAAGGGUGGUCGGGACAUCUCUGUUGCAAAUGCUACGACCGAUAUUGAUAUUCAUAGAAUUAUUCUUGACGGUUUGCGAGGCGUUAUCGAGGACUGCGGGCAAACUCUCGUCAGCGGCUGGGACGUAACGUUUGACAUUAUUGGAAGCGUUUUUACAACAAAAGAAACUGAUUUGGAGGAUCACGAAUCAACCAUCAGUGCUCGAAACCUCGGUACACGAUCGUCGAAGCUUGUACGGUCUUCUUUUAGCUCACUUCAGCUGAUCUGCUCGGAUUUCCUACCUUCAUUACCCAACUCUUGUUUCUUAAUUUUGGUCGACACGCUUUACAAAUUCUGCUCUCAAGAUGACGAUCUCAACAUUGCACUGACGACCGUGACCUUUUUCUGGGCUCUUUCCGACUUUCUAUCUGGCAAGGACAAGUCGCUUGAUAUUACGAUCGACUUGUUCCAAGAUGCUGAAGUAGACGCGCUAGAGCACCUGGCAGCAGAUCACGGCAGCCGAGGAUCCGACGCAGCGUUGUGGAUGCUGUUGCUAUUAAGGCUCACGGCUGUCGCUUCUGAUGACAGAGUUGAGCUUCGUAACACGGCGAUUCAAACUCUCCUCCGCAUCUUUGAUGCCUACGGCGAGAGGCUCAGCCCUGAAGCAUGGUCAAUAUGCAUCAAAUCUGUGGUUUUCAAGCUGUUGGCCUCUCUUGAAGAAGAGCUGAGAACCACUCAGGACGAAGAAGUGGAUGAAAGCGAUAGGACUGAGUGGCAUGAUACUGCAGUCGUUGUGCUGAAUGGCAUAUCAACUUUGCUCGGGAACAACCUUGAAGUACUUACAGCGCACUCAUCUUUUAACGAGCUCUGGAAUGAGCUGCUUGGGCAUCUAGCUACGUUGCUUGAUUUCAAGGUCCUUGAUAUCAAUACGGCAACUUUUAAGACCUUAGGGCAUGUGCUAUCUCAGUCAGGAAAUGAGGAAAAGCCCAUCUUCAACGAGACAACAGUCAGGUUCGCGUGGGACUUGUGGUCCCGAGGUAUCCCAAUCACAAAAUCCCUCAGCGGAAAAGCUCAAGACAACCAAAAUUGUCUAACUGCCUACGUGGCCGCUCUUCGUGAAGUUUACAGGCUAAUCAAGUCUGAUAUAACGGUGGAGAGAGUCCAGCGAAUCCUUGGCUUACUGCGUCAUACCGUUGAGGAAGCAUCCGUGGGAAGUUAUGCUACAGAUAUUGACAAUCUGACGCAGCUUCAGUCACAGGUGUUGGAUGCCGUGAAAAUGAUUCGAACUGACAUUGGCGGCGUUCCAUCGGCAUUGAUCAAGCAGGUCUCUGAGUUUGUUACUUUGGCUUACGACCAAGAUUAUGAAUCUCAGCCUCCUUCAAAAAGGACAUAUGUUGCAAUGUCGAAAGCCAGUAUGCAAAUGUUGGAGGGCCUCGUGGUGAGCCACUCAACCGAUACUGAUAUCUAUACGAGCGGGUCAAUUAGCGCAGCUUUAUCUGCCCUUCUCAGACCUAUUGCUCUCAAAUAUCAGUUCCCCAUUACUACGAGGUCAGUCCAACCCUGGAAGCUAGCGACCUCAACAGCUUUGGUAAUCAUAGAGGCGACUUUGUCAAAGCUUGACGAUCUAAACAUACCCACGGAUACAAUCCAAGGCAUUUGGCAGCUAAUUGCCGAGAUUGCGGAUGGUAUUAUGAGUGCAGAUUGCGGCAAUCCACCCCCUGGAACAAGCAUUGCGGAAGAUGAAGCGGCAGAUAUUGCAUGGCUCCACAAGUUGGUAGAACUGAUUAUCCCGUCAAUGGGAUCAGAAAAGGUAAAGGAGGAGACUCGAGGCGCAUAUACUAGGAGUCUGUUCAAGACAUCAAUCAUUCAUGAACCUCCAUCGGCCGACAAUGCCGUCAUUCACGAUGGAGGAGCCGGUCUUUCUAAGCUUUACCAGCCACGGACCGGACUCACAAUUUCCGUCCCACCGACGCAGCGUACAAAGAUGGCCUACGUCGCCUUCGAGGAGCUUUUCUUGCUCAUCUCAACAGACGUGCCGGCUGCCCAUAAGCCGUCUGCUGCCAAGCCCAUGGAGGAUCAUUCUGCUUCAAGAACUCGCAUUGCGUGCACCGCAGCCCCAUUCCUGAUUCUGCGAUGUGCGUUGACGCUUCGGGCGUAUGUAUCUGAUCAGCCGCUCCGAGGCAAGAUGCCGCAGCCUCUGAGCCAGAGGAAGGAAUUGCUCUGGACGUUGCAAAAGCUGGUUAGUCUGCAGAGCCUGAGCGAGGCGAUACCCCCUCUUGAGGGGGCACAAAGCGAAGCCAGAAAACACUUGCUGAGGCUGUACCCCUUGAUUGUGAAGGCACUGAGGGUGCAGGGCGACGAAAAGGUCCUGGCGCUUUUGAGGGAGGCUUUGGACGUUGUUGGGGGCGAAUUUGGAGUUGUUUAG